AUAGAAAUAACCCCCCCGUAAUUGCCGAAGACUCCUUAAAUAUAUAUAUUCGGGCCACUAAUCUCACAUGCACAUGGAAUAAUGACUCUGGAUUCUGCAUUGUGAGUCGCUCUCCACACCCUGAGAUUCCCUUUUGCAUAAUUUUUUUCUUUGAAUUUGCAUCUCUUCAAGACACAAGAUUAAAACCGAAUUUACGCUACAUUGGAUUUUAAAUUUUCUUCGGUUCCUUUAUCCUCCGUCUUCCUUAUGUGGAUAUGCAAGCAAGAAGAGGACCCUGGAUACUCCCAACAUGCUCUCCCCCUUAAUCUGUCCGCCUAGGGCUUUGGCUUCUACAAACCAAGAGAGUCGACGAGCUGAAGAUGAAGCCCGGCGCGGAGUGCUGUUCUCCCAAGUUCUGGUUGGUGUUGGCCGUCUUGGCUGUAUCAGGCAGCAAAGCUCGUUCUCAAAAGAGCGCCCCCAGCAUCGGCAUCGCUGUCAUCCUCGUGGGCACUUCAGACGAAGUGGCCAUAAAAGACGCCCACGAGAAAGAUGACUUCCAUCAUCUCUCAGUAGUUCCCCGGGUGGAGCUGGUCGCCAUGAAUGAAACUGACCCAAAGAGCAUCAUCACCCGAAUCUGCGAUCUUAUGUCUGACCGGAAGAUCCAGGGCGUGGUGUUCGCGGACGACACUGACCAGGAAGCCAUCGCCCAGAUCCUCGAUUUCAUUUCUGCUCAGACUCUCACCCCUAUCCUGGGCAUCCAUGGGGGCUCAUCGAUGAUAAUGGCAGAUAAGGAUGAAUCCUCCAUGUUCUUCCAGUUUGGCCCGUCCAUUGAACAGCAAGCUUCCGUCAUGCUUAACAUCAUGGAAGAGUAUGAUUGGUACAUUUUCUCCAUUGUCACCACCUACUUUCCUGGCUACCAGGACUUUGUGAACAAGAUCCGCAGCACUAUCGAGAACAGCUUCGUGGGCUGGGAGCUUGAGGAAGUCCUCCUGCUCGACAUGUCUCUGGACGAUGGCGACUCUAAGAUCCAAAACCAGCUGAAGAAGCUUCAAAGCCCCAUCAUUCUCCUUUACUGCACGAAGGAAGAAGCCACCUACAUCUUUGAAGUAGCUAACUCGGUCGGGCUGACUGGCUACGGCUACACAUGGAUUGUGCCUAGUCUGGUGGCGGGGGAUACAGACACGGUGCCCUCCGAGUUUCCCACGGGGCUUAUCUCUGUGUCCUAUGAUGAAUGGGACUAUGGACUUCCUGCCAGAGUGAGAGACGGGAUUGCCAUCAUCACCACGGCUGCUUCUGACAUGCUGUCCGAACACAGUUUUAUCCCCGAGCCUAAGAGUAGUUGUUACAACACCCAUGAGAAGAGGAUCUACCAGUCUAACAUGCUGAAUAGGUAUCUGAUCAAUGUCACUUUUGAGGGGAGAAACCUGUCCUUCAGUGAAGAUGGCUACCAGAUGCAUCCGAAGCUGGUGAUAAUCCUUCUGAACAAGGAGAGGAAGUGGGAGCGGGUGGGCAAGUGGAAAGACAAGUCCCUGCAGAUGAAAUAUUAUGUGUGGCCCCGCAUGUGUCCUGAGACGGAAGAGCAAGAGGACGACCAUCUGAGCAUCGUGACCUUGGAGGAGGCGCCGUUCGUCAUCGUGGAAAGUGUGGACCCUCUCAGUGGAACCUGCAUGAGGAAUACGGUCCCCUGCCAGAAGCGCAUCAUUUCUGAGAAUAAAACAGAUGAGGAACCAGGCUACAUCAAAAAAUGCUGCAAGGGGUUCUGUAUUGAUAUCCUGAAGAAAAUUUCUAAGUCUGUGAAGUUCACCUAUGACCUUUACCUGGUGACCAAUGGCAAACAUGGAAAGAAAAUCAAUGGGACCUGGAAUGGCAUGAUUGGUGAGGUGGUCAUGAAGAGGGCCUACAUGGCAGUGGGGUCACUAACUAUCAAUGAAGAGCGGUCAGAGGUGGUCGAUUUUUCUGUGCCCUUCAUAGAAACUGGCAUCAGUGUCAUGGUGUCACGCAGCAAUGGGACUGUGUCACCUUCUGCCUUCUUAGAGCCAUUCAGCGCUGACGUGUGGGUGAUGAUGUUUGUGAUGCUGCUCAUCGUCUCUGCUGUGGCUGUCUUUGUCUUUGAAUACUUCAGCCCUGUGGGAUACAACAGGUGCCUCGCUGAUGGCCGAGAGCCAGGCGGCCCAUCUUUCACCAUCGGCAAAGCAAUUUGGUUACUCUGGGGUCUGGUGUUUAACAACUCCGUACCUGUGCAGAACCCAAAGGGGACCACGUCCAAGAUCAUGGUGUCAGUGUGGGCCUUCUUUGCUGUCAUUUUCCUGGCCAGCUACACUGCCAACUUAGCAGCCUUCAUGAUCCAAGAGGAGUAUGUGGACCAGGUUUCUGGCCUGAGUGACAAGAAGUUCCAGAGACCUAAUGACUUCUCACCCCCUUUCCGCUUUGGGACUGUGCCCAAUGGCAGCACAGAGAGGAAUAUCCGUAAUAACUAUGCAGAAAUGCAUGCCUACAUGGGAAAGUUCAACCAAAGGGGUGUAGAUGAUGCCUUGCUCUCCCUGAAAACAGGGAAGCUUGAUGCUUUCAUCUACGAUGCUGCAGUGCUCAACUACAUGGCUGGAAGAGAUGAAGGCUGCAAGCUAGUGACCAUUGGCAGUGGCAAAGUCUUUGCUUCCACAGGCUAUGGCAUUGCUAUCCAAAAAGACUCUGGGUGGAAGCGCCAGGUGGACCUUGCUAUCCUGCAGCUAUUUGGAGAUGGGGAAAUGGAAGAACUGGAAGCUCUCUGGCUCACUGGCAUUUGUCACAAUGAGAAGAAUGAGGUUAUGAGCAGCCAGCUGGACAUUGACAACAUGGCGGGCGUCUUCUAUAUGUUGGGGGCAGCCAUGGCUCUCAGCCUCAUCACCUUCAUCUGUGAACAUCUGUUCUAUUGGCAGUUCCGGCAUUGCUUCAUGGGCGUCUGCUCUGGCAAGCCUGGCAUGGUCUUCUCCAUCAGCAGAGGUAUAUACAGCUGUAUCCAUGGAGUAGCUAUAGAGGAGCGACAGUCUGUGAUGAACUCCCCUACCGCCACCAUGAACAACACACAUUCCAACAUCCUGCGCUUGCUCCGCACAGCCAAGAAUAUGGCCAACCUGUCUGGAGUAAACGGCUCCCCUCAGAGUGCCCUGGACUUCAUCCGUCGAGAGUCCUCUGUCUACGACAUCUCCGAGCACCGCCGUAGCUUCACGCAUUCAGACUGCAAGUCUUACAACAACCCGCCCUGUGAGGAAAACCUGUUCAGCGACUACAUUAGCGAGGUAGAAAGAACAUUUGGCAACCUGCAGCUGAAGGACAGCAACGUGUACCAAGACCACUAUCACCAUCACCACCGACCACACAGCAUCGGCAGCACCAGCUCCAUUGACGGGCUCUACGACUGUGACAACCCACCCUUCACCACCCAGCCCAGGUCAAUCAGCAAGAAACCCCUGGACAUUGGCCUACCCUCCUCCAAACAUAGUCAGCUCAGUGACCUGUACGGCAAGUUCUCCUUCAAGAGUGACCGCUACAGUGGCCAUGACGACUUGAUUCGAUCGGAUGUCUCAGACAUCUCCACGCACACUGUCACCUAUGGAAACAUAGAAGGUAACGCAGCCAAGAGGCGGAAGCAGCAAUAUAAGGACAGUCUGAAGAAGCGGCCCGCCUCCGCCAAGUCCAGGAGGGAGUUUGAUGAAAUUGAACUUGCCUACCGUCGCCGGCCACCCCGCUCCCCAGACCACAAGCGCUACUUCAGGGACAAAGAAGGGCUCCGAGACUUCUACCUGGACCAGUUCCGAACAAAGGAGAACUCGCCUCACUGGGAGCACGUGGACUUGACCGACAUUUACAAAGAGCGUAGUGAUGACUUCAAGCGGGAUUCGGUCAGCGGAGGUGGUCCCUGUACCAACAGGUCUCACCUCAAACACGGAACAGGUGAUAAGCAUGGUGUGGUAGGUGGGGUGCCAGCUCCUUGGGAGAAGAACCUGACCAAUGUGGAUUGGGAGGACCGGUCUGGGGGAAACUUCUGCCGCAGUUGUCCCUCGAAGCUGCACAAUUACUCCUCCACGGUGGCAGGGCAGAACUCGGGCCGGCAGGCCUGCAUCAGGUGUGAGGCCUGCAAGAAGGCUGGUAACCUGUACGACAUCAGCGAGGACAACUCCCUUCAGGAACUGGACCAGCCGGCUGCCCCCGUGGCUGUGACAUCCAACGCCUCCACCACCAAGUACCCCCAGAGCCCGACUAAUUCUAAGGCCCAGAAGAAGAAUCGGAACAAACUGCGCCGGCAGCAUUCCUACGACACCUUCGUGGACCUGCAGAAGGAGGAGGCCGCCUUGGCCCCACGCAGCGUGAGCCUGAAAGACAAAGGCCGAUUCAUGGAUGGGAGCCCGUACGCCCACAUGUUUGAGAUGCCAGCUGGUGAGAGCUCCUUUGCCAACAAGUCCUCAGUGCCCACUGCCGGACACCACCACAACAACCCCGGCAGCGGCUACAUGCUCAGCAAGUCGCUCUACCCUGACCGGGUCACGCAAAACCCUUUCAUCCCCACUUUUGGGGAUGACCAGUGCUUGCUUCACGGCAGCAAAUCCUACUUCUUCAGGCAGCCCACGGUGGCAGGGGCGUCGAAAACAAGGCCGGACUUCCGGGCCCUUGUCACCAAUAAGCCCGUGGUGUCGGCCCUUCACGGGGCCGUGCCAGGUCGUUUCCAGAAGGACAUUUGUAUAGGGAACCAGUCCAACCCCUGUGUGCCUAACAACAAAAACCCCAGGGCUUUCAAUGGCUCCAGCAAUGGACAUGUUUAUGAGAAACUUUCUAGUAUUGAGUCUGAUGUCUGAGUGAGGGGAGAGAGAGAGGUUAAGGUGGAUAUGGGAGGGAUAGGGCUGUGGGCCGAGUGGUGCGCAUGUCACGGAAAGAGUCGGGGGUGAACUUGGCUCCCAUUUGCUUUUCUUGUUCUUUUAAUUUCUCUAUGGGAUCCUGGAGUUCUGGUUCCUACUGAAGGCAACCCUCGUGGCCAGUACCAUUUCUCUUCCCUCGCGCAGUUCUCUUCUCCCUACAUCUGUCCACCAUCCCUGUUCCCAUGAGAGGACAGACCUGGCCUCAGUGUGGGAGGAUGGAGAGGAGACAGGAAGUGCUGCCUGUAUGCUUCUUCCUAGCGCAGAAGGGCCCUGAGCCAUCCAUUUUGAGUGAGGCUUUCCUGAAACUGCUCUCUUUGAGGAGGCCAGGAAGCAGCAGAUGUCCUAAGGGAGGCUGUUUAGCUUCCUGCUCAUACGAGAGAAGAGGCUUUUUGCUAAAUUCUUGCUGCACAGUUGGCAUCUGCCAAGGGACCAUGUACCAAGCGAGGGCAGGAAGUCAUUUUGUGCUUAUACAUAAGCCAAAACAAAAAAGUUUGCUUCACCUCCAUAGGCCUCCUUGGUGGUGAGCCAAGAGGAAAGGCCCCCGGUAGAAGGAGGAUUCCUGAACAAAGUGGCUUGCUCACUGCAGUAGUGUCCCACGGUGCAUUGGAAACAAGAGCAUGGAAUCGUGUGUGCAUAUAUGUCCGCAUACACUUGCACCCACAUGAAGUCAGGUGCCUCUGGAUACAGAGAAUGAAGUCUUGACUAGCUACUUCCUUCCACAUACUUACACAAUGUGCUUGUUUUGGCUUAUAUAUAAACCACUGUCACAGGUUACUUGGAUUGGGGCUAUCUCUCCCUUUUCUCUUCUUGAGUAAGGAUGAAGGUUCUCGGCAUAGAGAAGAUUCUUAUAGUGUAGAAAAAAAAAAAACAACAAAAGAAAAUGAGAGGAACUGAGUCGACCCUACAAAAUAACUUGUCAGGAGUUGACUAUGGUUUCUAUCAGCUUCGGCAGAGGAGUUUUCAGUAAAGCUUAAAGAAAAUGGACACAGCCAUAAGUCUUUUAUCCAUACUCAGAGCAAAAGAACACUCUUUUAGGUAUUUAGCCCCUUAACU